CGUGGCGCUCGCGGGUGAAUGAGGCGCGGCCGCGCCGCCGAGCCCCGCUGCGGCCCCGCCGAGGUUUCGGCCGCCUCCUCCUCAUCUUCCUCCUCUUCGGCUGCCUCCUUCUCCUCCUCCCGUGGCAGGCUCUGAGCAGAACCAUGAGGCGCGCGGGGCUGGGUGAGGGAGCACCUGCAGGUAACUAUGGCUACACCAGCAGUGGAUACAGUGUUUAUGAAGAAGAGAAUGACAGGUUAACAGAAAGUCUGCGUACGAAAGUCAGUGCCAUUAAAUCGCUUUCCAUUGAAAUUGGAACAGAAGUUAAAAACCAAAAUAAAAUGUUAUCAGAAAUGGAGAAUGAUUUCGACUCUACAGGUGGACUUUUAGGUGCAACUAUGGGCAGACUGAGAACACUCUCCAGAGGAAGCCAGACAAAGCUAUUAUGUUAUAUGAUGCUCUUUUCAUUGUUUGUUUUUUUUGUAAUAUACUGGAUUAUUAAACUGAGGUGAUGCACGGUACCUCUGGUUUACAUUGUGUAAUUUCAACUACAGUCUUAAUUAAUGAAGACAUUGAUCUAAAGUGGCAUAUUCUGUUGAUAAAAAAUGGUGAAAUUGUUUAAAUUGCAUUAACUAUUAAUGCAAUGGUAUAUAUCGUUUUCUUAAUAUGUCAGAAUUUUUCCCAUCAUCCCCUGUUUUGGGGGGAUUGUUUGUAAAUACACAGAAAGUGCAUAGUAGGUGGCUUUUUUUAAGGGAAAAUAGUUUUUAGAAUUGAUUUUAAAAAUACAGAAAACAAGGGUUUUUCGAAUAUGAAGUAAUUGCAGAAUUACAAGGCUUUCUCUUUUAUUCUGCUUUUCAUUCUGCACCAUGCUCUAAAUUAGAGCUCCAGUUUCAGGCAUGUAGUAAUUUCUAGAUUGCAAAAGCAUGAAGAAUACUUGGAUCUUUCUAAAUUGGUUUUAUCUGUGGAUUUUUAAAAGGCUGGCCUGAAGCUAACAAAUGUAAAAGUGGUACCACCAAAAAUUACUUUUGUGGCUAGAUCUGGUAGUGUUUAAGUAGCUUAAACUGUGUGCUUAAACGGUAUUUUGGGGAGAAGUUACUUACAACUGGAUUUUAUUUUUUAAUUCAAAUGUGACAAAUCAUGCUUACACAUCUCUUUUAAGCAAAUGCCUUUGAUCAUUGGGGUCAAUCAGUAUGGACACAGAACAAAUGUUUUCUUUAUAUUUAAAGUAUCAGAACUUAAUGAUUCCAUUGAAUCACAAACUUCUACCAUUAGGAUGUUUACUUUUCAAUUUGUGAUGGUCCCUAGAUCUACACUGCAUGAUGCCUGAAAUACAAGGGCAGGUAUUUUGAAUUUUAUAUUAAAGUAAAUUAUGAUGCACCUUUUGGAGGUGCAGUCACAGUAAGGUUUUUUUAUUUUGAAGACUUAGCUUUGGCUCAUCAAAUAGUUUCUAAUCGUUGAAGCUAUUAUAUUAAUGAGUUUAAUGUACAAAAAAAUUAAGUUUCCUAGAUAUUGAAGUUGUAUCUACAAUUUUUGAAAGACUUUUCUAGAAAUACUGUAUAAUGUGUUGCCAUUAAUAACUAAUUAUGAAGUGUCAAAUAAAGUGUCUUGUAGUAUUA